AUGGCAAAAUCAAAUUUUAAAUUCUCAGAAAAUGAUGUGGUGUCUGUAAGUCUUAGUGGUGAAAAAUGGUCUGCACGAGAAAUUCAGAAGUAUGACUUACCAAAUUAUGAACAUUUAUUAUCCGAUAUAAAUAUUAUGAAAUAUAUGUAUCAAGAAAGGCAAUUAAGAAGUGAUGAAAUUAAAUCCAGAAUAAAUAAUGAAUAUCAAAUUGGACAACCUAAGGGCGCGCUCACUAUCCUUGACGAUAAUAAUAAUUUCAUAGGAUUUAUACUAUCAAAGCCUAAACCUGAAAAAAAAGGCAAAUCUGAAAUAGUUUAUGCGUUAUCACAAAAAUACUGGG